AUGAUGAGUUUAUUACUGAGUAUUCUUUCUAUCUUAGUGAUAGCAGAAUUUGUUGUAGGAAAUUUUGCCAAUGUCUUCAUAGCCCUGGUGAAUGGGAUUGACUGGGUCAAGGGGAAAAAGCUCUCCUGCACUGAUGGAAUUCUCACUGCCCUGGCAGUCUCCAGGAUUGGUUUCCUCGGCUCAGCAUUAUUAAAUUGGUAUGCAACUGUGUAUAAUCUAGCUUUCUACAGCCCAGAAGUAAGAAUUAUUGUGCAUGUUAUCUGGGUAGUAAGCAACCAUUGUAGCCUCUGGUUUGUUGUUAGCCUCAGCAUACUUUAUUUGCUCAAAAUAGCCAAUUUCUCCAAUCUCUUCUUUCUUCACCUAAAAUGGAAAGCUAAAAGAGUGGUUCUCAUUGUACUGUUGGGCUCUUUAGUCUUCUUGGUUUGUCACCUUUCAGUGGUGAUGUUAGAUGUAAAAAUGGUGAUGAAUGAUAAUGAAGGAAAUAUCACUUGGGUCACUAACUUGAGGCACAUUGCACAUCUCGCAAAUAUGACUGUAUCCACGACUGUGUACAUCAUACCCUUUGCCAUGUCCCUGAUGGCUUUACUGCUGUUACUCUUUUCCAUGUGGAAACAUCUCAAGAAGAUGCAGCUCAGUGGCAAUGGAUCCCAAGAUAUCAGCAUGAAGGUCCAUGUAAGAGCCAUGCAAACUGUGAUCUCCUUUCUUUCGCUAUUCAUUGUUUUCUUUCUGGCUGAAAUCACCACAAUAUGGAAUUCUAAUAGUUGGAAGAUCAAUUCAGUUCACACGGUUUUUCAGGUUGUUGGACUUCUGUAUUCCUCAUGCCACUCACUCAUCCUGAUUUGGGGGAAUAAGAAGCUAAGACAGGCUAUUCUGUUAUUACUGUCACAGCUGUGGUGCUGGCUCAAAGAAAGAGAGUAG